AUGAUACUUGCAACGCCUGUAAUUGUUGCUGCGUCCCGUACACCUGUCGGAUCUCUGUAUGGAUCACUCAAGACUUUGACUGCUCCCCAACUUGGCGCUGUGGCUCUCAAGCAUGCUUUCGAGCAGUCAAGCGUUGAUCCCUCUGUAGUUGAGGAGCUCUACUUUGGCAAUGUUGUCCAGGCUGGUGUUGGUCAAUCACCCGCACGUCAAGUAGCACUCGCUGGCGGCAUGAAGUCCGCAUCUGAUGCUACGACUAUCAACAAAGUCUGUGCUAGCGGCAUGAAGUCGAUCAUGCUUGCUGCCCAGAGCAUAGAAUCUGGCUACAAGACCGUAGUUGCCGCUGGUGGUAUGGAGAGUAUGAGCAAUGCUCCUUUCCUACUCCCCCGUACGAACCCUUUGUUCGGGAAAUUCGAGACCAAGGACUCCGUUGAAACCGAUGGUCUCUGGGAUGUCUCCAACAACUUUGCCAUGGGCAACUGUGCGGAGGCCGUCGCAGUGAAGUACGAAAUCACCCGAGAGUCACUCGAUGAGCACGCAAUCGAGUCUGCCGAGAUAGCACCUGUCACCAUCAAGGGCAAGAAAGGCGACACCGUGGUCAAGGAAGAUGAGGAGUACAAGAAAGUCAUCUUCGAGAAGGUCCCAUCCCUCAAGUCAGCCUUUAAACCAGGCGGUUGCAUUACUGCUGCCAACUCUUCAAACCUUAAUGACGGCGCCUCUGCUCUGAUAUUGAUGUCAGCAGAGAAAGCAAAAGAGCUCGGCGUAAAACCGCUCGCCAAAUCGUCUGAUGUAUCGUUUUCUGCAGCAUAUGCAGAUGCGGGUGUUGAGCCCAUUGACUUCCCUAUGGCUCCUGCCGUUGCUCUCCCAGAAGCACUUAGGAGAGCAAACCUGACCGUCGAUGACAUCGCACGUUUCGAGGUCAACGAGGCCUUCUCGGUUGUUGUCCGCGUCGCCGAAAAGCUCCUACAACUGGAUCCUGCAAAGGUCAACAUUGAUGGUGGCGCUGUUGCACUUGGGCAUGCGAUCGGAAACUCGGGCUCUCGCAUUGUGGUGUCCCUCGUCCAUGCCCUAAAAUCUGGCGAGUACGGUGCAGCAGGCAUCUGCAACGGGGGUGGAGCUGCUUCUGCCAUUGUUGUUCAAAGACUAUAG